GGAAAUACAUUGUUUGACCUUGGUGACCUCGCUGGCGAAAAUGGCGAACACCAGUAGCAUCGUUCGAUAUUCUAUGAAAAGGGUUGCUUUGCAGCUCUUCCAGAAACGAUGCUCACAAACAGCUGCAGCUACAGCGUCCGAUUCCCAGCCACAGAUGAAGAAGAUCUCAGUCUACAGAUGGGACCCCGACAAGCAAGGUGAUAAGCCGAGGAUGCAGACAUUUGAUGUUGACCUGAACCAAUGUGGUCCUAUGGUUCUGGAUGCUCUGAUUAAGAUCAAGAAUGAGGUGGAUCCAACCUUGACCUUUAGGAGGUCGUGUCGCGAGGGCAUCUGUGGCUCCUGCUCCAUGACUAUUGAAGGAACAAACACCCUGGCUUGCAUCUAUAAAAUAAAUCCCAACCUGAACAAGACCCUGACGAUUUACCCCCUGCCUCAUAUGUACGUUGUGAAGGAUCUCGUACCAGACAUGAGUAACUUCUAUGCCCAGUAUCGCGCCAUCGAACCGUACUUGAUGAGGAAGGGGGAGAAAGAGUCUGAUAUUGGACACAAAGUUCAUUUACAGACUGUUGAGGAUCGUGCCAAACUGGAUGGGCUGUACGAGUGUAUUCUGUGUGCGUGCUGCAGUACGUCGUGCCCUAGCUACUGGUGGAACUCAGACAAAUACCUCGGACCAGCCGUCCUCAUGCAGGCAUAUAGGUGGAUGAUCGACUCGCGUGAUGAUUUCACGGAUGAACGACUGGCACAGCUGGAGGAUGCUUUCUCAGUGUUCCGCUGUCACACAAUCAUGAACUGCACCAAGACUUGUCCAAAGGGUUUGAACCCAGGUCGUGCUAUUGGCGAAAUUAAGAAGCUGAUGAUGAAUUAUAGCAAAGAGGCUACAGCUCUGCCAUAAAACGUUUUCUUAAAAAAUUAAGUUUUAGUUUGUCGCUGUACAAACCUGCAGGUUUCUGUUUCUGGUGUUAAGUGUAAACUUAGCGCUAAAUGCACACUUGACAUUUUGCUGUUAAAUAAAAAGACUUCACAAAUAUGCAUCAGUAUAAAAUGUGCUAUGUCCUAUCUGGAUCUUAAUUCUUAAAAUCUCCAGAUUUGGACAAAAUUUAAUUAAACUGAUUGUCCCGAGUUUGCUACCUUUGUAACAUUAGUUUUGGACUAAUAGACUGGUUUUCAAAAACUAAAACUGGAUAUUAAAAAUAUUUUCUUGUUUAGAACAUAGUGUUUCUGGUCGUCUUAUUAUUUGUAACAGCUUAAACUAUGUAACAUAUAUAUAUUUAUUUUUGCAGGGCUAGCUCUGGCAUUCGCCAUAUUUGCUAAUUGCAAAUUUUAAGAAUACUAGUAAUUAGAAAAUUUUAUUUUAAUUUGGCAAAAACAGUUUGUGUACUAAUUGACAUUUAUGUUUCACAUUUUUGAAAUAAUUUGGUGACAUUUUUUUAUCAUUCAGAGCUAGCAUUGAUUUAUAUGUGUGAACUCAUAGGGAGGUAAACCCAUCAAAUUCGGGACAGUCUCUUCAAUCAUUUUUGUUCUGAUUGGAUGUGGUGUUACAGAUAAUCGCACCACUAUUGUCUUUUAUAAAGAGUGCAUUAUUAAGAGCAGUUGGAAGGUUUUGAUGGUGGUGGUGGUGAUUCUUUUUUUAUUUUUUUAUAGCUUUCUCAGUGCAACAGAUAAUUUGUCCUGCCAUAUAAAAACAACUUUUGCUUUUAUUCAUUGACCUCAGAUGCAUCCUCUACCUCUGCCCCCAAUCUGCAAUAAUAAAAAAAGAAGAAGCAAAACAAAUACAUCGAGAUUAAAAGCAAAGAAAAAAAAGGUUCAUUUGAAAUCAUAGAAGUUUAGGCCUUUGAUCGACUCUGGGAUGUAACCAUGUUAGGACAUCAUCAGUGCAGUAGCAGGGAGUGACAUGGUGGUGGGGGUUGUAUGUAGGUGAGCUGUCAGUUCAUGAAAAUUGAAAGUUUAGUUGAAGUUUUCUUAGAAGUCCUUUUUUGUAUUUUUGUUUAAUUUGAAAAAUGUUUGGAUGUUUGUGAAACCUUCAGAAAAGUAAAAUUACACAAAUAGAGACUGGGCAAAUGAUUAGCAUCAUAGAAUUGUAAAAAAAAAUGAAAGGAAAAAUCCUGGUGUGUAACCAUCAAACCCAAAUUACAAUUUUGUUUUGAUGUUGUCAUGUGUUGAUUUUAGAAACUGCCUGAAAUUGACUUCAAUUUGAAUUAAAAAAAAUACUACCAACA